CUAGAAACAUCUGGGCUCCGUAAAAAAUGGUCACUUUAAAUUUCAUUCCUUUUUCUCCGGCAUCCCUCUGAUCGAUCGGAGAGCGAAAUUUGAGAUUUUUUUUUUAUUUCGGAAAGAAAGUAAGCGACGCUCCAAUUGAAAUGCCAUGGAUGGUACGGACUCCGAUAUGAUUGAGGUGGAGUCCUCUCCGGCGCAGCCGGUUCGCCCGCCUCCAUCCUCUUCUUCCGGGCCAGACCAGGACGAAUUCGUCAGAAAUUUGCUCGCCAUGGCUCGCCGACUCAUCGGUCAAAACGAGCCUUCUCAGGCUCUCCAUGCGGUGGUGAUGGCUAUCAGGUCAAGAGGUGGGGAUGAGGCUGUGCACCAAUUGCUCAGCCGUGCUCGGGAGCUGUACACUAACAAAGUGCAGGCAAGUGCAGCAGCAGAUCAACUGGCUUCUCUGUUUUCUGAAUUUGCAAUUGCCGAGGUCGCCACUCCAAAAUACGACAAUGGGGAUCAACCAAUUGCAGAAAUAGAUAAGAGUGGGACAUCUAUACUCUCAGAGACGGGGAGGAAACAGGUUAUGGUGGAUGCAUUCUCUGAUGGAAGCAGCUUCGUGUGCUAUCAAUGUGGGGGUUUGGUCAGCACACUUAGGAAAGACGAGCACUACUCGUUCUGGUGUUGUAAGAUGUGACUUCAUCUCUUGUCUUGUUCUUUUAAUGUUUUGAUUGACAAUGCAACGGUGUUGGCAUCUGAGAUUGUGGCAAAAUACCAUAUGCAUUUAGAUGUUAGAGAGUGUUAUUGUGAAGUGGUGAAGAAUAUAUACAGUGCAACCAGUUACCCUCACUCCAUCAGUGUGAUCAUAUGUAACUUUUUUGAAGUUUUUGAGUGUUGUCAUGGUGUCAUUCCAUUAAGAUUUGUGUAUUGUACAUUUGUCAUCCCACAUACAUUAAAGGAAGUCCCCUUUU